GAAUGUUUAGAGGGACAUCACCAGUUGGCGGACCGUAUCUAGGAAUGGUACCGGGGCCACAGAUACCGGCCUACACAGGAUUCUACCCCGAUGCGAGCGCCGGACCUUCUUCUUCCUCCUUUCGACCUGGGUUUGUUUCGAGUACGUUCAUUCUAGAUAACGAGGGUUUCACCUUAGACGAACUCGACAGCCUGACUCCAGAUGAUCCUGUCGCUCACGGUGACCUCGAUGUCUUGGGGUAUUCACAGCUAGGAGGAGCACCACUUGGGAUCUCUCAGCAGCAGACACUGCAGCCCCUUUUGCGUCCUGAGCGACAGGUGAGGUCUCCGGAUCGUCACACAUACUCCGAGGGCCAUGUCUGUGCCCAGCAGAGGGCUAAGAGGGUCCGACGCCCUAGGGGUGGUUAGAUAUAUCUGAUGUUUAUUUGUAAUGAGAUAGAUGUGGACCGCUUAUUUGUAUCCGAUGUUUAUGAUUGUGGUAGUUUACUUGUCAUUUGUUU